AUGCCAGAGAAAUGUGAGCAGCGGGAGGAGAUUCGCUGGAGGCCCAACCGAGUGGUGGAUGGGGACCUCCUGAUGUACCUGAGGGCUGCCAGGAGUAUAGCAGCCUUUGCAGGAAUGUGUGGGGGAACUGCAGAAGAUCGGUGCGAGGCUGAGGCCAUGGAUGACACCACAGUCAAUGCUCUAGACACACUGCACAAACAUAACUACGAUACGUCCAAGUCACUUCAGGCCCUAGUCAAGGGACCUUCUGUCAUGUACAAGGAGAAGAAAUGGAAUGAGGAGGACAUU